AUGGUGCAGCUGUCUCCUUCCCCUACCUUGGAUGUCACCCCCCCACCUGAGCGCUCUGAAGAGGGGGAGGAAAGACAAGACGACCUGGUGAUGGCUGGUGGCCCGAAAAUGGGCUCGCCCGGCGGGCUGAGCGCCCUGCAGCUCAGCCUGGAGGUCUCCACUAUCUACCAUGGCUAUGAAACAUACAUAGAGGAUGGUCUCAUCUGCCUCAAACACAAGGUCCGCAACCUGGAGAAAAAGAAGCUGAAACUGGAGGACUAUAAGAAGAGGCUGAACCAGGGCGAGGCACUAAACAAAGAUCAGAUGAUGGCUGUGGAAAAGUACGACGAGGUGGUGCAUAACCUGGGAUUUGCACGGGAGUUACACAAAACCCUGGAUGGUUUAACUCAGAAUCUGCUGAGGGCCCAGAAGAAGGUUGAGAAGAAGGAGCAGGUGGCUAAGGGGGAGACGGAGAGAAGACGGCUGAGCAUGGUGCUCCAGGUCCAGCACCUCUUCACCAGCCUGCAGCAGGAGCACGUCAGGAGAGACCUGCUGGCCGGACACAACCAGGCACCUCGCAUUUCAGCCCAGCAGCUGCACAGCCUGAGCCAGCUUGCAGGCCUGCUGGGAGUCAAGAGGGAUAACAGACUGAGUUUAGAGGCGCAGAUGGAGCAGGCGGCUCUGGUCUAUUUGGACCUGCUAGAGGGGAAAGACAAGCCAGUGGCUGGAUCCACAUUUAAGCUGCUGAAAGAUGAGCUCACCAGGCUGCUGAACUGCAAGUACUUCAGUUGUCUUCCACCUCCACCCAAGAAGACUCAAGAGGUGUCGCUGAGCUCAACCAGCCACAGCACCAUAUCAAACUCCAAACCAAAUGAAGUUUCUAAGGAGUUUUUCAACAGACUGUACCUGUCUGACAUGGAGACUCCUCCCACUCAGAACUGGAAGGAGGAUUUCCAGGCCAUGAGGGAGCAGGAGCCACCUGACAGCUGGGAUAUGGAGCUCCCAGAUGGAACUGCUUCACCACCAACCGCAGUCCACAAACCAUGGAGAGGAGCAGCCACUUUCAUCCCCAAAGUCCCUGUUACCGCCAAGAUACAGUCUGCUGAUGGCAAACGGAGAAAAGAGAGAAAAGCCAAAGGAGAGCAAAACGCCAAGACGGCACAUCACAUGGAAAUACCGGUAGAGGUUUUCAACUCCCCAUCUACCUUGCCCAAAGACCCCAUCCUGAGAAAGCAGUACCUCGAGGACCUCAUGACAAAGAUCCAUGGUUCCUUUAGUUUCAUGCAGGAUUCUCUUCUGGAUGGUGAGAGCUCCCCAACUAAUAGCCACCCCAGAUUGAAGAGACGGCCGUCUGGAUCUCCAUCUCCUUUGGGUCAGAGAGACUUGAGGAGCCCAGUUGAUAUCCUGCCCAAAACAAUGCAUUCCACGCCACUGCCUGCCAGGCUUGUAGAGAGAAAAGCCAGUCUGAGGAAUGGAGAUCAGUGCCUGGAGACCUGUGACCUGGAGCUAUCCCCAAAGGAACUACCUCAUGAGCCGCUGCAGAUAACUGAACGAAAGACGUUUCCUUCGCCGCCGCUGUACUGCAGGGAGUCUGCCAUACCUGUCAGUCUGGAGGACAAGAGCCGCCCUUGUACCCCAGUAACUGAGUCAGGGAAGCAGUCCCCCUGUAACGGGGUGUCAUCUUGCACCUCCACCCCUCCUCAGGCACAGUCUUUCUCCACACCUCCCACCAGACGAACUCUCUCCUCUGCACAGUUUCAGAGCAUCCAGUCAGUCUUCAAGGUGAAUUCCACCUCACCCCAAAAUGGGGAAAUAAACUUCAAACCAGAUACUGCAGUUUUUGCUGAGCCCAGGUACAGCACUGCUAGCACCCAAACACCUCCUGAGUUCGCUCCUUCAGAUGACGAACCACAGACGGCAUACCAGUCAGAUUAUACGGUGGGUAAUGGUGGACAGAUCUUCCUGUCCCCUGGCCAGUCAGGUGGAGGCGCGGGUCGAUCCGGCCAGUCCUACUACAGCAGAGGAUCUGUGAGAGGUAUGGCACGUGGUGGCAAGGGACUGGCACACUCCUUUCGCUCUUCUGGUUGGUAUCGAGGAGGAGCCUUCAUCCCCCAGGCUCAUCUCAGGGACUCUGGCCCGCUGCUAUAUACUGCAAGAGACUACCAACACAGCUACAGGCGUGGAGGAGGGAGACAUAACCCCAGUGCCUGGAGUGAUUCCUCCCAGGUGAGCAGCCCAGACCGGGAGGGAGCCUUCACAAUCGUGGACUCUGGUCACGGGGAUUCCCUGUCAGUCUCCACCAUGGAGGUCCCGCUCACCCCCCACAGCCACCACCACCACACCACCUUGCUCCCCAUGCAGCUUUACCCGCUCUCCCAGCCGCUGCGCGUGGCCUUCACCGCCUCCCGCACCGCAAAUUUCGCCCCGGGCAACCUGGACCAGCCCAUCGUGUUCGACCAGCUGCACAGCAACCUGGGCGAGAUGUAUGACACCCACAUCGGCCGUUUCACCUCCCCGGUGAACGGCACCUACGUCUUCAUUUUCCACAUCCUGAAGCUCGCCAUCAACGUGCCGCUCUACAUCAACCUCAUGCGCAAUGACGAGGUGAUGGUGUCGGCGUACGCCAACGACGGUGCGCCGGAUCACGAGACGGCCAGCAACCACGCCAUCCUGCCUCUCUUCCAGGGAGACCAAGUGUGGCUCAGGUUGCAUCGUGGCGCUAUCUACGGCAGCACCUGGAAGUACAGCACCUUCUCCGGCUUUCUGCUGUACCAGGACUGA